AUGGAAACAACACCGUUGCACACCGUUAACUUUAGCACCAUAGUCUCUGAGUCACGGAACAUCGUAAAAGCUAACAAAGGCCACUUCUACGCCUUAUCCCUCUUCUUCCUCCCUUUCUCAAUCUCCAUCGUCGUCACCCCUACUCUCCACUCUCAUCUCCCCCGCAACUUCUUCACCGGAGAUCUCUUCCACAAGUUUCUCUUAAGUGAUCCUAUCCCUGUAGUUUUACAUCUCCUUUACAUCCUAAUCGUUUAUCUCCUCACUUUCUGUGGGAUAGGCACGAUCUCUUACAGUACAUACAAUGUUCUCAUAGGUAAGCCGGUGAGUUACUUCGCCUCCCUCAAGUCUUUAACCUUCUCCUUCCUCUCGCUCGUUUUAACCGCCAUUCUAGCUCACACUGUCAUGUUUCUGAUAUUGCUAACAUUCCUCCUGUUUGGUGGAAUAAUUGUUAUGUUGGGUGAAAGCCUAGGGUUUGUAAUCGGUUUCUUCUCGAUUACCUUGAUAAGUUUUUCCAUAAUCAUCGUAAAGAUAAUCUAUUUCCAAAUGAAUUGGUGUUUGGCUUUUAUGGUGGUUGUUGCUGAAUCGAACUGGGGGGUUCCGGCUUUGAAGCGGAGUUGGUAUUUAGUAAAGGGGGCGAGAUCGGUUUUAGUGUCAUUGUCGUCGUAUUUUUUAAUAUUUUUUGGGUCGUAUUUUUUGAUAUUUUGUGGGUCUUUGGUGAUGCUGUUUUCGUACAAUGUGCCUGUAACUGUUGAUGCGUGGAGUAUUCUGAACAUGAUCUGGUUGACGAUAAUUGGUUCCUUGAUGCCGAUGAUGUGGUCGGUUGUCAACGCUGUGUUGUAUAUGCACUGCAAGGCUUUUCAUGGUGAAUUGGCACUGGAGAUUGAUGAGGGGUUUGAUCACCAAUACAUCAACUUGCCUUCCGAUGAUGAUAAGAUCCAUCGUCUUGACGUUGUCACUGUUGUGGAAGCUUGA